AUGUCGUCACGACUACCCUCGGUGUUGAUAGAAUACCAGCAAUUUGAUGAUCCUUGGAAAAGGUAUGGGUUAACUAUAAUCGAAGAUAAUUCUACUGAAGAAUCACACUCAAAUUCUAGCAAUUUGCAGAAUAUAGAAUUAGCAGAAACU